UUUAUAAAACUAGGAGCCCCGGUCUUCAAACACAAAUAUCUUCUGCUCUUUCACAAUGCUUGGACAGGCCCCUGACUCAGUAUGAAAGUGAUAUAUUGGUGCAUCCCCGUCUCUGCAUGAGUUGCUUAUCUGGAGAUCAGAGUAGUUUAACCAACUGUAGUACGUGUAGCUGUGUAGCUUACUGCUCUGAUAAGUGCAGAAGUUCAGGUGAAUCUCUUCACAGCCUUGUCUGCAAGGAUCUUACAAACCUUAUUCAAGAUCAUAGAAUUGAUCUCUCCAGACGAUCUCAGGUGGAUGGUUUUAUACACUUUCCAACAGAAAAAUAUGAAAACCUUUCACAAAAUUUUCAAGAAUUUCUUGAAACACAAACUAGACUUCUUCUCCCGGAAGAAACUGAUGUUGAUUUCAUCUCGUCCCAGGCGCGUAAACUGAGUUGGGAGUUGACCUGCCCCGCCACUGUAUUAUACUCAGCUGAACGGGCUGGACUCAGCUGUGGUCCAGUCCAAGAUCAAGAGGAGCUAAUAAUUCAUCUUGUUGGGGCUCGGAAAGCUGAGGUAGAGAUGGCAAAAUCAUGGUUAUUACUUCCAGCUAGGCUUCCGAACCUCAGAAGAUUAAAACUAGUAUUAAUUGGACCAGAACUUGAGAAUAUUGGAGGUUUAACUUCCUUCACUGUCCAGGAAGGUAACUGUACUGUGAGUUACCAUCUAGAGCACAGUGCUUACCACAAGUUUGUUAAAACAAAAAGGUUUUCUGAACCCAAUCUUGUUGCUGCUCUGAACUGUGGGUUUAUAUUUUACCAGGAUUGGGAUUUGAGUCUAGAUUGUUUAGUUCGAAGAUCGGGGGCUCCCCUUGUAUUUACAGAAUAUUAUGAAGAGGAUUGUAAAUUGAACCUAGCCAAGCUGAUUGAACAUUGUAAGUGCCGGGUAAAGGUACUCAACGACUGCACCUCCAAUCCAUUCUGUAGUAGGACUGCAGCCCGUAUACCAGCAGGAUUUUCUUUAAGUCAGUAUGGACGGAAAAAUAUCCUCAUGUCAAACGAUUUCAUUUGUAUUGUAAAAAUUGAUAAAUAAAAAGAAAUAAAUUAA